AUGGGGAUGGUAGUCAGUGGUAGAUGUACCUGGUGUGUAUGCUGUAGUAGGGACGUGCUAAGGUCACCACAGGGAAUAUUUCUGUACUUACUGUCCUUGCUAUGUCUGCUCAGGAGGAGAAAUACCCAUUAAUUUGAAAUUAAGAUUAUUAAAAGCUGGGAACGUGUUUGGUGGGCUGCCUGGAGGCGCCCGGGCAGCGCUCGGCGAUGCCGCAGGUGCCGUUUCCUGGCGAAUGGCCCCGGCCCGGCCCGGCCGGCACGGCGGCAGUUGGAGUCUCGGGACGGUUCCGCCCGGGCUGGGCCCUUCCAGGUUCUAUCCCCGCUCGGGCGGGGGCGGCCGGUGCCGGCGGCCGCGAUGGGGCCGCUGCCGGGGCUCCUGCUGCUGCUGCUGCUGCUGGGCGUGGCGGGGUGCUCCGGGGCCCGGGCGGCCCGGCCUGCGGAGCCGCGCGCCGCGUGGGUGACGGUGCCGCGGCAGCUGAGCGCCCGCGGCGGCGACGGCGCCCCGGGCCUCUCCUACUGGCUGAACGUGGGCGGGCGGCCGCGGGUGCUGCGCCUGCAGCCCAGGAGGGGCCUGGUCUCCCGCCCCUUCACCCUGGUCACCUACGGCCGGGACGGGGCCCGCCGGGAGGAGCACCCCUUCGUGCGGGACAACUGCUUCUACCAGGGCGACGUGGUGGGGAGCCCCGGCUCCCUUGUGGCCCUCAGCACUUGCAGCAGGGGCCUCCACGGCGUGCUCUGGGUGGAGAACGAUACCUACCAGAUCGAGCCCGUCCCCAAUGAUCCGGCCUUUCGGCACAUUCUCUACCGCAUGGAGGGAGACAACAGCUCCGAGGGAGCCAGCUGCGGACUGACGCCGGAGGUGCUGCAGCAACAAAAGGCUGUGCUGCCGUGGUUCAAGGCUCCCAAGUCAGCGGGGGAGUACGAAAAGCUGAGGGACUGGUGGACGCACAUCAGGUAUGUGAAGAUGGUAGUGGUCGUGGACCACGUGCGGUUUGUAAAGUCAGGCAGGAGCAAAUCCAAAGUCUUGAAGGACGUCAUGCAAGUCAUCAAUGCUGGGGACGUUUUGUGCAAACAGCUUUCUAUCCGGCUAUUUCUUAUAGGACUGGAGAUCUGGACUGAAAAGAACAUUAUAAAUGUUACUAACUCUAUUCCCCAGGUACUUGGUGCGUUUAACGCCUGGAGAAAGUCAGACCUGUUACCUCGGAUGUACCACGAUGUUGCUCACUUAUUUGCAUAUCAGUGGUUUGGAAGCAGCCUGGGAUUAGCAUAUAUAGGGACAGUGUGUGAUAGCCACUGGGCAGCGGCUGUUAUUUCCUUUACUGAUAAAAAGAUAUCUUCAGUUACUAUCACAUUUGUCCAUGAGCUGGGCCAUAAUCUUGGGAUGGUCCAUGAUAAACCGGAAUGUAAUUGCAAACGCAAGACGUGCAUUAUGUAUGAACACAAUAGUGACACUGAUUCGUUCAGUGACUGCAGUUACAAAGAGUACUUUGAGCUGGUUGUAAAUGGUGCUCCGUGCCUUCGUCAGCCACCAGCACCUGGCAGUUUCUACACCGGGAUAAGUGAAUACUGUGGGAAUAAAAUAGUAGAAAGAGGAGAGCAAUGUGACUGUGGUUCAGCAGCAAGCUGCCGAAGAGAUACUUGUUGCCGCACAAACUGUACAUUUACUGCAGGUUCAAGCUGUGCGGCUGGAAGAUGCUGCAAGAACUGUAAGGUCCUUCCAGCAGGAACACUCUGCAGAGCGAGUACUGGCAGCUGUGACCUGCCAGAGUAUUGCAAUGGGAUUUCCCCUCAAUGCCCACUGGAUGUAUACCUACAAGAUGGAACUCCUUGCAAUGAUGGUGUUUAUUGCUAUCAAGGAAAAUGUUCUUCCCACAAUGAAAAGUGCCAGCGUCUCUUUGGCAAACAAGCCAAGGUUGCCCCUUUAGAUUGCUUUAAAGCAGUGAAUACUCAAGGUGACCGGUUUGGGAAUUGUGGUAUUCGUGACAAUAUCUAUUUUGCAAAAUGCAGUACUAAGAAUGUCUUAUGUGGUAGGCUUCAGUGUGAAAACAUAGUCAUAAUACCUUUCUUGCAGAACCAUGUAACGCUAGUCCAAACUCCUGUUCGAGAUAAAAAUUGCUGGGGCCUCGACUAUCACGUAGGGGUGCCAAGAGCAGAUGUGGGAGCUGUGGAAGAUGGCACACCAUGUGGUAGUGAUAUGCUUUGUAUCAACAGGACGUGUAUGAGUGUAUCAGUGCUGAACUACGACUGCAACAUGACAAAGUGUCAUGACAGAGGAAUGUGUAACAAUCGCAAGAACUGUCACUGUGAGUAUGGCUGGGCUCCUCCAUAUUGUGAAUCAGAAGGAUUUGGAGGUAGUGUUGACAGUGGACCCGCUCCACCUAAGAAGGCUGAGAGAGCAAAAGUAAGACUAGCACUACUUGGGCUUUAUUCUGUGUGUUUUGUUGGAAUAGCCCUUUCCAUCCGUUAUAGGCAGAAAGUAGAGGCCCAAUUCCAUAGAAUAUUGCAGUUGUUUCAAAGACCAAAAAAAAAAGAAGUUCCUAAAGAAAAGUCGCCUGCUGGUGAGUUAAAAUCCACCAAAGAUAAAAAAGCAGUAUCUUGGGAUGCUAUUGAGGAACUAUCCUCAGGGCCAUCUGAAAACUCAUCAAAAUAAUUCAGCAGGUUCUGAACAGCUCUAAUCUCAUGUGAUAUCAUUAAAUUCAGAGUAAAUCUUAUCUCUGUAUAUUUUCUUUUAAGUUAAUAAAUGCAGGCAGUAAGGCAUGCUGUUCUUUGUACCCUGAGCUCUUAAACUGAUGUAGUUAAGUAAACCGCAGGUAUUGUGUUUAUACUUCAUAUCAACAGUAUAAAAAUGCAAACUUCUUAAAACAGGUGUAGAUAGAUGCUUUAUGUGGUAGGAUUCAGUGUGAAAACAUAGUCAAAAUACCUUUCUUGCAGAACCAUGUAACACUAGUCCAAACUCCUGUUUGAGAUUAAAAUUGUUGGGGUUUCAACUAUCACGUAGGGAUGCCAAGAGCAGAUAUCAAACUACUUGCUACUCUACUUGCUUCAAUUUCCUCCUUCACCUAAUGUUUUCUUCAAUUCAGUGAGAGAGAUGUUUAUGAACAUCUUUUGUCAUUGGUUAACAACCAAAAGAGAAAAAAUUGCACUUGCAGUCUCCACUGGUUCUGUGGAGACUAUUCAAUUCUAGUCUAUUCAAUUCACAUCUGUGACACACAAACAGGUAAGGAACAGGUAUUGCAGUGAGACACAGCUGUCUGUUUCACAAGUGCUUACAGCUGUUUACAGGGAGCAGCCCUUCAGGAGGGAGGUAGAUCAUAGGGAACAGGGUCUUCCUUUUGUGGAAGAGUAGAGAAGGAUUAUCCAGAUCACAACCAAUAAGCACUGCAUUUCUGAACUGUAAAAUAUAUGUCAACAGUGUAGUAACACCAAAUCUGGCAUUUCACAAGAACAAAUUCUGACAAGAACUGUCUGUGGGCCUCCCCAAGUUAACUGGAUUUCUGAAGUAUUUGGAAUUAUUCUGCAAGUGUCCCCUACCUAGAAUACCUGCAAUAUUUGAUAGAUACUUUAUCUGACUAUCUCAGGGGGUUUCUUUCGGCUUUAUUCUCUGAUUCUUUCUUCAGCUAUAACAGAAUGUGUCCUUGCAGCUCUAUGGAGUGCUACACAGAAGCAUUGUCAUUUUAAUUUUUUAACACAACAUAAAAUAUGUCUAACUUCUGAAAAAUAUUAGGGACAUGGAAAUACCAUUCAGUAAGUUUUAUUGUUAUUAUUUCUAUUACAGUAGUAACUAGACCGUUCUAUCAGAUCAGCAUGGAGAGGAGUCUGUUGUCCAGAUCACAGUUAAAACUUUUUUUUAAAGGUGUUUCGGGAUAAAGGGUUAUAAUACACUUGUCUGCUAACAAAAGAAUUAUUUGUAUUUAGAAAAUAAAGAGCACACUUUUAGCAAACAUUCUGUAAAGGCAGGAUAAGUACCCUAACACUUGGGAACACUUGGGAAGAAAGAUAUUGGUGACUCUACAAAUUAUUAUGGUCAACUCUUGCUGCGUCCCAAAUAUACAUGUUUUUAGAGUAUGCAUUUUCCUGUAAUUUUUAUGUGUAUUUCUUUGGUGUCCUGUAUCCAAAA